CACUGCAACACGAUUGGCUUCUCCUGGCCCCAACCAUAACAAACGUCUUUGUUUUUGUUUCGUGCAAACGUGAUACAUGUUUGGGACGUUCCAUCUGCGAAGCCUGCCCCUGCAAUCAUGUUGCAGCGUCCUGCCUAGAAAUUAUGCGGGAAUCCUAAAAACGCCACUCGAAGAGGUAGAUACGACACGCCCCUUUUGAGCUGCAUGCCUAAGGUGACGCUAAGCAAAGAGGGUUAAAGUCGUAAGCGCAUUCCAUGUGUGAGGACGGCAAGAAAACGAAAAGUCCAAGAAAGCCGGUACAUUGUGCUGUGCGGACAACGACGUACAAUCACGACAAGGAACUAGGGGUAACCUUUCAGGCAACAGGUUGACCUUUCCAACAUGGCCGCCACGCUGGCACGUCGGGAAGCUGGGCUGCUAUAGCGCUGGCCGAGCUCGUGUUCCUAUCUAUGACACGGAUGGUCCACCAGCUAACGCUUGGCUAGCGAAUGGGAAGGAAAAUGUAUUUAUUGCUCGAAUUUCGUCAAGCAGAACGGUGACGUUUAUUGACAUACAAGUACAAUGCGCCACAGAAGAAGAGCAGCACCUCUCAAUCACGCAGCUCAAGCAGUCUCUGGAACCCCCGCAGAGGCCCUCAAAGCCCCCGUCAGGAAGCACAACAUCUGCAUGGUGUCGGACUUCUUUUACCCCAACAUGGGAGGAGUGGAGAGUCACAUUUACCUCCUGUCCCAGUGUCUGAUCGAGAAGGGACACAAGGUGGUGAUCGUCACGCACGCCUACGGCCACAGGAAGGGCGUCAGGUACCUGACCAAUGGCCUUAAGGUCUACUACCUGCCCCUGCAGGUGAUGUACAACCAGUCCACCACCACCACCUUCUUCCACAGCAUGCCGCUCCUGCGCUGUGUGUUCGUCAGGGAGCGCAUCACCGUGGUGCACUCGCACAGCUCCUUCUCCGCUAUGGCCCACGAUGCUUUGUUCCACGCUAAGACCAUGGGCCUGAACACGGUGUUCACUGACCACUCGCUCUUCGGCUUUGCCGACGUCAGCUCCGUGCUGACCAACAAGCUCCUGACGGUGUCGCUGUGCGAUACCAACCACGUCGUGUGCGUCUCGUACACCAGCAAGGAGAACACCGUGCUGCGCGCCGCGCUCGACCCGGAGAUCGUCUCCGUCAUUCCCAACGCGGUCGAGCACGGCGACUUCACGCCCGACCCGUCCCGGCGCCGCGACGACAGGAUCACCAUCGUCGUGAUCAGUCGCCUUGUCUACCGCAAAGGCAUUGAUCUUCUCAGUGGAAUCAUCCCAGAGCUCUGCCUCAAACAUCCAGAUCUUCAUUUCCUCAUCGGUGGAGAGGGGCCAAAGAGACUUGUGCUGGAGGAAGUGAGGGAGAAAUACCAACUACAUGACAGGGUGCGUCUUUUGGGGCCGCUGGAGCACAAAGAUGUCCGAGGGGUUCUGGUGCAAGGUCACAUCUUCCUCAACACGUCGCUCACCGAAGCUUUCUGCAUGGCCAUCGUGGAGGGAGCCAGCUGUGGACUGCAGGUUGUCAGCACUCGUGUGGGUGGGAUUCCGGAGGUGCUACCCGAGGACUUGAUCACCCUUUGUGAGCCGACCGUACACUCGCUGUGCGCCGGGCUGGAAACGGUCAUAGCGCAGCAGCGUUCCGGCUCCGUCUCCACGCCCGCCUCCGUUCACGCACGGGUGCGCAAUCUCUACACCUGGAGGAAUGUCGCCGAGAGGACCGAAAAGGUGUAUGACAGAGUCUGCGGCGAGGAGGUGCUUCCCCUGGACCGACGCCUUCAGAGGCUUCGGACUCACUGCGGCCCGGUGGCUGGCACCAUCUUUGCCUUUGUGGCGGUUCUGGACUUCCUCUUCCUGUUGUUCCUCCAGUGGUUGCUGCCUGACAGGCUCAUGGACACGGCUGUGGACGCCAGCGGUCCUCGCGGAUUGUGGAGGCAAGAACCAAGCGAGAGUAAAUAUAAAGCUCCGUCAAAAAGAGUCGUCAAGCGAGCGGCUUCAUCUGACCACGCUUUUGUGAGCUAAGUGAACUCAAACUUUGUUUACAUUAUGAGAAAGGGCCAUGUUUUCAAGCUUUAUAUUGUAAGAAAUUUGCGGGGAAGUUUGUUCCGUUUAUAUUUACCUGACAGAGUGAUUAUGAUUUGUCUAUUUGUGAAAUUUUGUAGGACAGGACUGCACAAAACUACCUGGAUGAUUUUCACCAAACAUGGAUACAGAAAUUGAAGCCUUCUGUUAAAAUAGCAGGUUUUUCCUCAUCCAUCCAUCCAUCCAUUUUCUAUCGUCCUUAUGCUCGCUAGGGUCCCGGCUGACUUUGUGCGAACUGGUUGCUGGGUGAUCGGCGAUCAUGUGCAGACAAACAACCUUUCGCACUCGUGCGCAGGCUCUUUUCAAAUUGCUGUUUUUACACACGCGCGUCCGGGUGAAAAUGUAAAUGAUAUUCAUUUCAAGGAUUCACAUUAAAAAGAAGGCGCGAGAGCCCGUUCACUGCUGCAUUUUAAUUUUUCCACCUAGCAGGUUUAUUUUUUUUGUUUGUUUUAAAUAGAAAGAACAUUUAAAAAGAAAAGUUGUCAUGGUUUCAUUUGUUCAUGUGCUGGGGGGAAAAAAAAUGCAAUUUUAUCAGGGGUGUGUUCACUUUCUGUAUCCACUGUAGCAAAACAUUGCCGUUCUGUUGUUUUUUGUUUUUGUUUUAGUUUUUUUUCCUUCACCUUUGGCAUUACUCAAAUCACACUGAAUUUAUUGAAGCACUUAUUGGAUGAUGAGCAUUUUUAUGAAUUGCACACUAAAUAUUAGCAAAGAUAUAGGGUUCUUACUGCUGCUCUUCUGUGGACCUUCUAGUUCUCGAUAAAACUGAAACAACUCUUUUUUUUAAAUGUAUUUAUUAUUAUUUCCCCCCCCCCACCCCAUAUUACUUCAUGCACGUUCAUUCGCUUGCCGUUAAUUCCAUUUUUUGUUGUUAUUGAUCCACUCGUUUUAAGAUCUCCUUGUGUUAUCUUAUUUUCCAUCCUCUGUUAUAUUUAUAUGAAGCCAGGAAGACCAGGCUAUGACCGCGUGUACCUCUCAUUGUGUUAUUAUUUAUUUUAUUUUUUUUAAUCAUAACAAUGAUCGUUUUUUUCCUCAGGACAGGUUAGUCAAGUUGAUCCAGUAAACACCCUCCCUUUCCGCUGUCUCCUUUUCCAAACAUCAGAGCGAAAGGUCAAGUGGCAGACAUAACAAGCUACGGAAAUGCGGCAGCUUUUCAAGACUAGCAGUGCGAGUUUGCAUGACCGAUGCGGUUAGCGCUUGAAACGAUACACUCCAGUGAUGCUUGGCUUGAAACUGUUGGGAAAUAAAAGUCUUUCACCUG